GGGUCCUUGUGAGGUGCCUUGGACUGAAGGAGCCGCGAUUGAUGGAUCGUUGUGGAACAAGCGCCGACAGCAGAUGUUGCAUGGCCUGAAGGAGCCGCGAUUGGCCGACUGCAGUCCCCGCCAGCAUGUAUUUUUGGCUAUUGAUGGCCGCAUGAGGGAGAGCUUUGUUUGCUGCACUCCUCGCCCGGUGUGAUUCAUGGAAGACGUCCUUCAGCGGGUUCCGCUCUUGCUGCUGGCCACUCUUCUCCUGCUCCUUGUCGUCUUGUUGCAUGUCUGUGUCGUUGUGUGGGGUCCUGGCAGCAGACGGAAACGACGAGCGGUGGGGAAGACGGCAAUGGACAGGCGGGAAACCUCCAGCGGACAGCAAGCACGUGCGAUCGACUUCUCCACGCCAGAACUAGUGGGAAGGGCGUCUCGUACAGCCGCGUUUGACCUGAUGUUGUACAGUCAUCUGCCACCACACGAGCAGCCGUUACCGCCGGAUCAGGAAGAGGAAUGGGUGGAGGAUUUGUCCCACAUGUUGCCUCUUGGGAGCGGAUCUACGCAGGACUGGAUGGGGAGCCAUUGUAGACAAGGGGAGGUGGAGACAAUUCGUCAGUCGUUCUCUUCAGUGCUGGAGGAGGGUAUCGGUGGAGGCAAUAUGGAGAUUGUGGACUUGGAUUUUGGCUUGUCAAGCGGGACUGCUGCAGCUGUUACACACACUCAUACAUUCAAUCUUGUGGCCGGUGUCAGCGCGGACAAACGUCAGUGCAUAGGGUGGAAGGGGUGGCGCCUGGUGGAAGGUCUUGUCCACAGGGUGGCAGCGCAGAUGGGUGUCGUCCGAUGCCUUCCUUUUCUCGAGGCGCAGGAUCAUCUGGUGACAUGGCGAUGACAACGUUGCCCCCUCCUUCGGCAACGCCUUCGCCUGCACCACGACAGAGGGUGGCCGUAGUGGUGGCGAACACAAGCAGCACCAGAGC